AGUCAGUCUGCGUCUGAGACAGAUUUCUGCACGGACACUCCCAGUGCUGAAACGCACCACGGACCCCGUGAGCGUCUGGAAUCAAGGCAUCCAAGGACGUGUCAUUCCAGACUGCCUGGACAAUCUCUUGGUCUGCCCACAAUGCAUCAACCCCAUCCCCCGCCUCCCAGGACGUGAGGCUAUUAGUGGGGGAGUCGCUGUAAAUUGACCGCGACUGGACAUCUGACGCAUCUCCUGGGAGAGCUGGACUUUUGUUUCUUUUUAGCAGCAACUUUUCCAUUGGCAUGAGUGUGGCCUAACACAAUGGAGACUCAAGGUUCACGUCUUCAAGAUGACCCUGACGUCAGUGUAAUGAUGGCAGGGUCCACUUUGAGGAAGGUCAAGUCCCGUACAUGGAAGAAGCAAAGGCAUUUCCGACUCCUGGAGGACGGUCUGAGGAUAUGGUACAAGUCCGGAUGGGUGGGAAAAGGCCACUCCACUUUCUCAGUGAGUGAGGUGGAGGCCGUCCGCGAGGGCCACCAUUCGGAGGUCUUGCAGAGCAUCACAGAUGAGUUCUCGGCAGACCUCUGUUUCACCUUGGUGUUUCACGGUCGCCAGGGCAACCUGGACCUUGUAGCCGAGUCCCCAGAGGAGGCUCGAGCCUGGAUCAGAGGAUUGCGCAAGCUCAUUCACAAGGCUCAAACCAUGGACGAGAAGCAGAGACUGGAUCAGUGGAUCCAAGAUUGGUUCCACAAGGCCGACAAAAACAAAGACGGAAAGAUGAACUUCAAAGAAGUGCGGAAGCUGUUGAAGAUGAUGAAUGUGGAAAUGAAUGAGGAACACGCAUUCUAUCUCUUCACGAUGGCUGACCAAUCACAGAGUGGUUCUCUGGAACUCCAGCAGUUUGUCCUCUUCUACAAGAUGCUGACCCAGAGGGAUGAAGUGUGGAGAGUGUUCCAGGACUACUCUGGAGAUGGAGAGACUUUAAUGCUGGAAGAGCUGGAGAACUUCCUGAAUGUAGAACAGCAGGAAGGAGAAAGCAGCGCCCGACAUGCCAAGGAACUAAUGGAGCGUUACGACCCAUCGGGAACAGCCAAGAAGCACGGUACCAUGUCAUUAGAUGGGUUCCAGAUGUACCUGUGCUCGCCAGAGGGCUCCAUUUUCAAGCCAGACAAGCUUGGUCUCUACCAGGACAUGAGCCAGCCGCUUAGCCACUACUACAUCUCCUCCUCGCACAACACCUACCUGAUGGAGGAUCAGCUGCGAGGCCAGAGCAGCCUGGAGGCCUACAUCCAGGCUCUGAAGAGAGGCUGUCGCUGCGUGGAGGUGGACUGCUGGGAUGGCAGCGAUGGGGAGCCAGUGGUGUACCAUGGCCACACUUUUACCUCCAAGAUCCUCUUCAAGGACAUUAUUGCAACACUGAAGGAAUACGCAUUCACGACGUCCGACUUCCCAGUCAUCUUAUCCCUCGAAAAUCACUGCAGUGUGGAACAGCAGACGGUUAUGGCUCGACAUUUGAGCAAGAUCUUGGGUGACACACUGCUCAAGAACAUUUUGGAUGGACACACCACCACUCAGUGCCUCCCUUCACCAAUGGACCUGAAGCGAAAGGUGUUAUUGAAAGCAAAGAAAAUAAGCAGUGCAGAGGGCUCCCAGGACGGAACACUCACAGACGAUUUUAGCGAUGAGGAGGAUCUGGUCAAUGGUGAAGCUGGAGAUAAAGAGCUUCAUGCUGAGGCUUUGAACCGCCAAGAUAAGAAACCCAAGUCCAAACUCUCCCAGGAGCUAUCUGAUCUGGUGGUUUACUGCAGGAGCGUACACUUCCGUGGUUUUAAAGGCAACCCUUUACAGAGCAAAUGUAACGAGAUGUCCUCGUUUUCAGAGUCGAAGGCUAAAAGGCUCGCUAAGGAAGCAGGAGCAGACUUUGUACAGCAUAAUGUAAAACAGCUAAGCAGGAUUUACCCUAGUGGCCUCAGGACUGACUCCUCAAACUAUAACCCUACAGAAUUGUGGAAUGUGGGAUGCCAAAUUGUGGCUUUAAACUUCCAGACGGCAGGUCUGGAGAUGGACCUGAACGACGGGCUCUUUGGACAGAAUGGUCGCUGCGGUUACGUGCUGAAACCGAAUUUCAUGAGGGACAACCGCACAACAUUUAAUCCGGAGAAACCUGAAGAGCAGCCGGGCUACAAUCCUCUGCGUUUAUCAAUUCAGGUGAUAAGUGGGCAGCAGCUUCCAAAGGUGAACCAGAAAGAGGGUUCCAUUGUAGACCCCCUGGUCAGGGCUGAAGUAUAUGGAGUACAGCAGGACCAGGCUAAGGAGGAGACUAGUCACAUAAACAAUAAUGGAUUUAACCCUGUGUGGAAUCAGACUUUGAAUUUUGUCAUUCACACUCCCGAUCUGGCCAUGAUUCGCUUUGUGGUGGAAGAUUACGACAAGACAUCCAGAAAUGAUUUCAUUGGACAAUAUACGAUACCUUUUACGUGCAUCCAAUCAGGAUAUCGGCACAUUCAUCUACUUUCAAAAGAUGGGACCACCAUCCCUCCUGCAUCACUUUUUGUCAAUAUCAGUAUCUCUAAACUUACAUGAACAACUUAACUCUCCUGUUUGAAUAGGAUUUUAGUGGGGAAAAUUAGAAACCGGGGCUUGUCUAAUUAUCAGAAAGUAAACAACAACAACAAAAAAAUCUAUUAUACAUUGUUUGUAUAACACGAUUAUCCAUUACUAACUAUUAAAAUUCUAUAGUGCAUUUACCAGGUCAUGAUUAAUAGAUAAUAAUUAACUUUUUUCAAUACAUUUUAUUUUCUUAUGUAUAGUACACACUAGUGUAUUAUUCUCCCCCCCAUGAUUUUGGGACAUGAAAGACAUUUUCCACAAAUACUGCCGAAAGGAUUUGACAUCUUAGUGAACAUUUGGAAACUGGAUUAUGGUUCUAUUUUGUUACAUUAUACUAGUUGCGAGAAGCCGAGAAUCUGUGCAAUACUACAAUUAUUUACGGACAAUCAGUACUGGCCUUGUUUGAUUAUAGGUAAAGGAAACAAAAACGUGAUAUGCAUCCUUCUGAUUCAUACCUUGACAUUCAUGUUAAUAUCUUGCCUUUCAAACCUCUACCAUGCGAGCUUGCAUGAGUUGGUUUUAUUCACUUCCUCAGUGUACACAGGGCUUGUUGUGUACAAUUCGGAUAUUAUGCAAAUGUUAUUCUAUGCAUCUAAAAUAAAUGUCAAUACAAUUUUAAGACAAUGUGUGGCUUAUUUAUUAACAGUAAAAAAUGUACUAUAAAAUCUACAUUACUAGUGAGACAUGUCAAAGAAGCGAUCUAUAAUAUAUUAACAUUUGUAACAUUAGCAACAUUCUUCAACUCACAGUUUCUUCGCUCCUCUGUAUUAUUUUCACGUCUCUUCUCAGACUAUAUCAUUCAGUGUUCCCUGCAUAGCAGUCUUCAGGGUGAGGCCACCGAUGUCCGAGUCCCUCUCUACCCCUUGCUCCACCGAGGUCCCCGGGUGGUGCCUCUGCAAAUGUUUGACCACCUGAAACCUCUGCUUUGCUCUAUAUGAACAAUGGCAACAGCGAAAUGGCAGCUGCUCUGUGUGGGUCAGGAAGUGGUGCCUGAGGCCAGCAGGCCAGCGAAAGGCCUUGUGGCACACGCCGCAUGCGUACGAACUCUGGUCGCCAUGCUGCCGCUGGUGGGUCUUCAAAAUAAAGUUGGUCUUGAAUGCUUUGCCACAUUUCUCACAGACGAAGGCGCGUACAUCGCAGUGCUGUGUGGUCUGGUGGGCACGGAGAGCAUCCGCUCGGUUAGUACGGUAUUCACACUGGUCGCAGGUAAACGGCUUCUCUCCUACACCCAAACGAUAUGGGGCAAUUGGAUUUUAUUGGUUAUCUCAAGGGGUGUAACGGUACACAAAAAUCUUAGUUCAGCACGUACCUCGGUUUUGAGCUCACAGUUCAGUUCAUUUUCGGUACAGUAAGAAAACAAAAUGCAAAAUAUAAAUGUGCUAGUUGUUUAUUACACACUUGUGUGCUUUCAACAAUAGGAACUAGGGCUGUCAAAAUUAUCGCGUUAACGGGCGGUAAUUAAUUUUUAAAAUCAAUUGCACUAAAAUAUUUGACGCAAUUAACGCACUUGCCCCGCUCAAACAGAUUGUGUAAACAGAUUGUUAUUUGUGGUUUUUGGAGUUUUGUCGCCCUCUGCUGGCGCUUGGGUGCGAUUGAUUUUAUGACCCUGAGAAUUGUGUAAUUAUUGACAUCAACAAUGGCGACCUACUAGUUUAUUUUUUGAUUGAAAAUUUUACAAAUUUUAUUAAAACGAAAACAUUAAGAGGGGUUUUAAUAUAAAAUUUCUAUAACUUGUACUAACAUUUAUCUUUUAAGAACUACAAGUCUUUCUACCCAUGGAUCGCUUUAACAGAAUGUUAAUGUUAAUGCCAUCUUGUUGAUUUAUUAUAAUAAACAAACACAGUACUUAUGUACAGUAUGUUGAAUGUAUAUAUCCGUCUUGUGUCUUAUCUUUCCAUUCCAACAAUAAUUUACAGAAAAAUAUGGCAUAUUUUAGAGAUGGUUUGAAUUGCGAUUAAUUAAUUUUUAAGCUGUGAUUAACUCGAUUAAAAAUUGUAAUCGUUUGACUGCCCUAAUAGGAACAUUAGCCUAUACAAAGCUAGAAUUCUGCUCAAAAAGUAGCGGGUAUUUAAAGAUAAUCCAACAACAAUCUGCCUUUCAGACCCCACGUAUUGGUCAGCUUUCUUUCUGAAAGAAAGAAGAAAAAAGUCCUGUGCUAAAGAGAAAAGCAAUCCCAAUGACAAAGCUUUUAACAUGUAUUUUACAAAUGAAAUGCCUCAAACUUUUUUUUCUUAUGAACAGUUUUCAAAUGCUUUAUUGGUGGAUUUUCUCAAGUUAAAGCGCCACACAGAAAUUAAUAAAUUUAAUUGUGUAAGCAGGAUGUGUGUAUUAUUCUUAUUAUUUAAUUACAGGUGUUUUAGCUUAUUUUAUUUUAUUUAAAUGGGCUAUUAUUUAUUUUAUUACGUGUUUAUAUUUUAUAAAUGUGAUGUAGUAUUCAUUUAUAUUGUAUAUUUUAUGUUGUAUAACUUUAGUUCCUAUGUGAAUAUUAGUUCCUACUUGUUUUGUUGUGGUAGGAGGGUUUUCUAGUGAAAACGGGGCCGUGUUGGUUAUUAUUAUAGCAGAGAGGACAGCAGUAAACCCUCCCUACCACUCUGAUCUACCACUCAAGAGAUCUGAUGGACUCAAAAAGUAGGUUACGAUUGCAUAUUAGUUUGAAAAUCGACCGGAUCCACCGUAUUAUUACACAGGUGAUUUCCGGCCCGAUCCGGUAGUAGUAUUGACGCAGGAGGGCCGCGUCUCGCGUCAAAUAAUAAACUCUGCCGUUCUUCUCGCGUGCUUCGCGUUGAGCCGCUUCUAGGACGCAUCUAACACGCGGCCGCACUGCGACUGGUGUGCAUUGGCUGAUUUGACUCCAAACACCCGCGAUUCACUGCGUUCUCGCGGCGGCCACGUUGUCGCGCCGUUGACGUUUCUGGACUGUCCUACCGUGUUGGUCCUCAUUAUAGUAGAGAAGACGGAGUAAAUAUAAUCUACACAGAGAAACUGUAACCCGAUCGACUCACAGCCUCGAAAAGUAAGGGUUAUAUUACCUCAGAAAUUCGUUCGGUACACGUCCGUUCCGAACCGACUACUACGUACCGAAACGGUUCAAUACUAUUACAUGUACCGGUACACCCUUAGUUAUCUCAGAUUGUGUAUUUGUGCUUUUAUUUAAAAAUGAUAGAACUUUAUCCGCUUGGGUCUCACCAGUAUGCUUGGUCAUGUGGUACUUCAGUUGAGUGGCCCACUUGCAUUUGUAGCCACAUUCAGGACAAAGGUACUUUUUCUCAUCUUGGUGAACCCUCAUAUGAAGCUUGAAAAUGACAAAACAUGAUAACAUAGCUGAGAAUAUUUGCAGUGCAGUUGUAGAAAUGGACAGGUUUUUUUUUUUAAAUAAUUGAAUUUGAUUAACAGGCAUGAAAAUGGGUCAGUGGUUAAAUAGGUGGGAAGAGUGUGGAGGAAAUAUGUUCCGGUAGGGCUGUCCCAAAACACUAAUUUUCUCCUGAUUAGCCAGCCGACUAUUUUUACGAUUAGUCGACUUUUUACUAAAUUAGCAAUGAAAUUUUUGUUGACGCUUAUUUAUUCAUAGAAACCCUUAAAUUCUUUAUCAAAAUAUAAAUAAACAUGUAAAUAACAAUAAUUAUUCACACAUUAACAAUGAAGUCAAAUGUUGAUAGCAUUUACUAAUGCAAAAGAAUGCAAUGUAAACAUAUUCAGAACACUGACUUUGCCUUUCCAACAUUAUUCAAAACAAUUACAAAAAAUAUCUAGCAUUAUUAUUAUAGUAUACUACUAUAUAAAAUAGUAUUAUAAGAAUUAUAAUAUUCAUUGCCAAUCAUAUUUUUCAAAAAGGAUGUCAUUUGAAAGCUAAUCUUAGUGUAAAAUCUGAAUUCUGUAGUAUUAUACUAUUUACAGUGCCCUCCAUA